AUGACGCCUGUGAUGUGUGCUCUAUUGUCAGGGAGGAUGGAUGUGUUUAACCUUCUCGUGUCACAAAAUGCAGACACGGCAUUGACCGACGAUGAUAACAACAGUCUCCUUCAUUUAGCCUGCCUCCUUGAUGACAUACCCAGCAUCCUACUAACAAAGAUUGACGCUGAUACUCAAGGAAAUCACGGUUGGACGCCUCUAAUGAAGGCAGCUGUCAAUGGAUCAAAACAUGCAUUUGACCAGCUGGACAAAGCAAAGGCUAAUCUUUACCCGAAAGACGACAACAGCAACAAUAUCCUUCACCUGGCAUGCCAUGGUGGACAUGUCUCCAUUGUGAAACAUCUACUGACAACGUAUGACAUGAACAGUCGUGGGAAUAAAGGAUGGACGCCAGUUAUGUAUGCAGCUGCCAAUGGCUCGAAGGACGUGUUUGACCUGCUUGUGUCUAAGGGUGCUGACUUAUCCUUGAAGGAUGACUACAGCAACUCUGUAUUUCACUUAGCAUGUGUAGGUGGGAACCUAUCCAUUGUGGAAUAUCUGCUGCCAAAAUCUGACAUCAAUAUCCGGGACAAUUAUGGAAGGACUGCAAUUAUGACAGCAGCAUCUGCAGGCCAAAGUGUUGUCUUUGACGUUCUUUUGUCGAAAAAAGCUGAUCUUACAAUGUCUGACGAGUACAAUGACACUGUCCUACAUUGUGCAUGUGCGGGAGGAAAUCGAUCCGUUGUAGAAUAUUUACUGGAAAGAAUUGACAACAAUAUUAAAGGAAAGAAUAGCUGGACACCAGUGAUGGUUGCAGCUCGCUUUGGAAAGUUAGAGCCUUUCAACCUGCUUGCUUCAAAAGACGCCGAUCUCACUCUGAUUGACGAUCACGGAAACAAUCUGCUUCACCUCGCAUGUCAGGGUGGAAACAGGUUGAUCGUGGAAGAUCUGCUUCCAAAAUUUGACAUAAACAGUCGUGGACAUAAGGGCAGAACACCUUUGAUGCAUGCAGCUGUGAAUGGACUGAGAGAAGUGUUUGACCUCCUUAUGUCAAAGGGGGCUGAUUUUUCACUGAAGGAUGAAAACAACAAUUCUGUUUUUCAUUUGGCUUGUCGUGGUAGAAAUAUGUCCAUUGUAGAAGGACUCCUACCACAUUUUGAUGUCAACGGUUUGGAAGAUAAAGGUAGGACAGCAAUAAUGAAGGCCGCUUGUGCUGGAAAUAAGAGUGUCUUCGACUUUCUACUUUCAAAGAACGCCGACCUGUCCAUAACUGAUGACUACAAAGACAAUGUUCUGCAUUUUGCAUGUAAGGGAGGUGGGACGAAAAUUGUUCAAAAUAUUCUUCACAGAUUUGACAUUAAUGCUCUGGGAAGGAAUGGGGUCACUCCAGUCAUGCUGGCUGCUGAAUUUGGAAACAGAAAUAUUUUUGACAAACUUGUUUCAAAGCAAGCAGAUCUUACUCUCACUGACGACUACAGGAACAACAUACUUCACUUUGCAUAUCAGGGUGGAAACAGUUUCAUCGUAGAUCACCUGCUUUCACUGCCAUUUGAUAUUGGCGUCAACAACCGUGGAAGACAUGGCUUGAACCCCGUAAUGGUUGCAGCUCGGUUUGGAAUGUUAGACCCUUUCAACUUGCUUCUUGCGAAAGAAGUGGAUUUCACUGUGACUGACGACCAUUGUAACAACAUGCUUCACCUUGCAUGCCAGGGUGGAAAUUUAACAAUCAUCGAGCGUGUUCUUCAAGAGUUUGACAUCAAUAGUCGUGGACAAGAUGGCAGGACACCUUUGAUGUAUGCAGCUGUUGGUGGACGAAAGAACGUGUAUGGUCUGCUUGUGUCAAAGGGGGCUGAACUGAAGGAUGAUCAUAGGAGCUUCAGAACAAGUGUCAUUGACAUGUUUACGCCCGGAAAAGCUGACCCCUUACUGACCGGUGGCCACAGGGAUAACGUGCUGCAUUCUGCAUGUCAAGGAGGGAACACAACCAUUGUAAGACAUCUUCUGAAGAAUAUUGAUAUCAAUGUCAAAGGACAGAACGGCCUUACACCAAUAAUGCAUGCAGCCAGGGCUGGAAAGAAGAUUGUGUUCAACCUACUUCUUUCAGAAAAGGCCAACAGGAAACUACUUGAUCACUACAUAAACAAUGUGCUCCAUUUCGCUUGCCAAGGUGGCAAUAGAUCCAUCAUAGAACAACUCCUAAACGAGUUUGACAUCAACGGCCCUGGAGAGGAUGGAUGGACGCCAAUAAUGAUGGCAGCUCUCAGUGGAAAGAUGGAUGCUUAUGAUCUGAUUGCAACAAAUGGGGGUAUUCCAUCUUUGACUACUCCACAGAAUGACAAUGUUCUUCAUGCAGCUUGUCAAGGUGGAAACAAAGCCCUUGUUAAGAAGGUCAUCGGCAGCUUUGGCAUCAACACAAGGGGUAAGAAUGGUUGCACGGCCCUGAUGAGAGCUGUUGUUGGAGGCCAUAUGAGUGUGAUGAAGUUCCUGAUGUCCCGGCAUGCUGACCAUACUCUGGUGGACAAGGAUGGACUCACUCUUCUACAUCUUGCGUGCAAAUUUGGUCACCUUGACAUUGUGAAGCAUAUCUCAGACAAGUUCAAUAUAAAUAUUAAAGACAAGGCUGGUUUAACAUACAUCAUGACAUCAAUAUUGUAUGGUAAAGUGGAAAUAUUUGACUACUUGAAAAGAAAAGGCGCGGAUUUGUCUCUAGUUGACAACACAGGAGAUGACGCCUCUAGCCUUGCGCUUAAAGUAGGCUGCAGACAAAUCUUAGAAAGACUUCCACCGAAGGGAGAGUCAGAGAAGAACGUCGAACCAUGGAAUGAACUGAUGAAGUCACUUGUAAAGAAGGAGUCAUGUAAUCUGCAGAUGUACAGAUCAAAGAGUCCUGAACUGAAACAAAAAGGCCAGACUGGAGACACAUUACUCCAUCUGGCCUGUCGAGGAGGCAACAGACACUGUGUGGAGUUCCUGCUCCCGUCCUAUGACAUCAAUGUCAGAGGUCGGUACAACUGGACACCGGUGAUGAUGGCGGCUGCAUGUGGACAUACUGAUAUCUUCAAGCUGCUGGUGGAUCACAAGUCAGAUCUCUCUCUGGUCUCAGACACGGGAGAAGAUCUCCUCAGUCUACUAAGAGAAGCAACAACAGUGACAUUGUUGACGCAGUCAGAAACAUGCACACCGUUGAUGCAUAGAGCAGGUAAUUCUGACAAUUCAUUUGUGUGA